AUGGCCGCCUCGCUGUCUUCUGCCUCGGCCAUGGCCUCUGGCAGUGCCGGCGCUGAGGCUGGCGCUUCUUCUGCCGACGCCUCGUCUUCGAUCAAUGCUUCCGGAACGCCUGCCGCCUCGGCUUCGCAGGCCCCCUCGGCAGCCUCCAAGGCCGGUAGCCCUCAAGAUGGCGCGACGCCGCCCGUCAUCCAACGCGACAAGGAUAGUUUGAAUAGGGUCUUGGUUGACCGUUUCGUCACGCGCGACAUGAUUCACGCCGCUGCUCUGAAAGAUUCGCAAAAGGCCCUGAACCAGGACAUGAGCAACCGGUUGGCACGGGUCGACCAGUACAAAUCUAUGACCAGUCGCGAUAGUCGGAACAGGGUACCUCCAGCUCAGCUCUACGGCCAGGGUUACAAUGGUUACGGGAACGGGGUGACAGAAACAGGCGGGCCCGUCAAAAUUAUAUACCCUUCACAGAAGCCUCGGCCGGGCAAGCGGACGACACCGCCGCUCAAGUUCAGUCGCAAAGAUCUCAAGAAACAAGCCGAGCAGCAUGAGGAGCUGGUACCCAUCAGGAUAGAUGUUGACUGGGACAAGGUGAAACUGCGUGACACGUUCACCUUUAACCUCCAUGAGCGCCUCAUUCCUGUCGAGGUCUUUGCCUCACAGUUAGUCGAGGACAUGGGGCUGAAGCCGCCUAUGGACAAGCACGUUCAUGAACAAGUGGUCACGCAGAUGGUGGAGCAACUUCAGGACUUUUAUCCCUUUGUCCAUUCAGAAGAGGACGCCUUGGACCCUGAAUUACCCUACUCAGCGUACAAGAAUGAUGACAUGAGGAUUUUGAUCAAGCUGAAUAUCACUAUUAGAGAGCACACGCUGGUGGACCAAUUCGAGUGGGAUAUCAACAAUCCCAUGAACUCACCAGAGGAGUUUGCCGCGAGAAUGGCCGAUGAGCUGUCUCUUUCGGGAGAAUUCACAACGGCCAUCGCCCACUGUAUCCGCGAGCAGACGCAGCUCUUCACCCGCAGUCUCUACAGCGUAGGACACCCUUUCGACGGGCGUCCCAUCGAGGACCCAGACCUCACGGCCGCCUUCCUCCCAACACCGAUUCCUUACACGCUGCGACCCAACCAACAGCAAAAGGACUAUGCCCCCUACCUGUACGAGAACACCGAGGCGGAACUAGAACGGACCGAGACUAUGUUCUCGCGCGAGCAACGCAGACAAAAACGAUCCGUCAACAGGCGUGGUGGGCCCCAGUUGCCCGAUCUCAAGGAAAGGCAAAGGACGAUUCGGACAGCCAUUGUGUCUUCAGUCAUUCCUGGCGGAGUUCUGGAUAUCGAAGACAGCCGGCUCUUCAAGAAGACAACGGGACCAGUGGCGACUACUGGUGGUCCGGGACGGGGCAGGCGCAUCAUCCGAGACGGAGACCUUUCCGAUUCAGAAGACAGUAUGGACUCCGCGCCAGACUCACCCGCCAUGUCGGUGCCUCAGGGAGGAACCGCACGAACGCGUGGAAUGCGUGGGGCCGCCACGGCCGCUGCCCAGCGCAUGGCAAACAUCGGACGGUCGGAAACCCCCGAGACCAUUGUGCACCAUCACGAGACUAGGAUGUCGCGUAGGUUUGGCAGGGAAGCGACACGGGAAGAGACCGAGGAGCCUUUGCAACAGCAACACAUUGUUACUCUUCGGGUUCAUCCCGCUAGGCUACGGAGAAUCAUACAAGGGCGAGACAGCAGGACGAAACCGCCGGCGCCGGCUCCGUCUGGCUCUGGGACGCCUGGUAACCAAAGAGCCUCAAGCAUAGCACUGCCUGGCUCAAUGGGUCCACCGCCCACUACUCCAGCUGCUGGUUCACAACACAACCUCACCAUCAAGGUCGCUACGCCGCCGACCUCUGGGGCUGGAGCUGCGGCUGGUGGUGACGAUGCUAUUGUUGGUGCUGUACCGGCUCUUCCAUCUCCGGCUAACGGAGAAGCGCUUCCUCCAUCGGAAAUACCCUCCCAGUUCACACCUGGUCAAGGAUCGUUCGUGCCCCCAAUAUCAGAAUGGCUCAAUAAAUGCCUCGAAGUGCACCAGAAGUACCCAAAUGACUUUUAUGACUGCAUAAUGCGCCACAACGCCGUGGUGAUGGCUUGGGACGGCGGCAGCGGAGGCGACGUGGUGGUCAAUAUCGUGCCGAAGAAAAAAGCUCAAGAACUUCCGCCCAACGCCUAG